CACGAAGACGUCGAACGGGUGUGCAAUAUUUUGAUCAGUUUCGUACGCAUUUUUGGAAGAGGCCUGAAGAUGAAUUUGAUAGAAUCCAUUUGGGAAAUAUAACACCAGCACUAUCUAUCGAGGAGGUUGAACAUGAAUUAGGUCAAACAUUGCCAGGGAAUCGAAGAAGCCGAAGAAAUUCGGUUGAUAGUCGAAGAAGUCGUAGACGAUCAGCAUCCCCAUCCCGUGAUACAAUAAACACUAAUACAAACAAUCCUGAUGCGAUGAAUCCUGAAACAUCAACUCUUCAACCACCGCCUUAUGGGGCAGAUGAAGCGCAAAAUAUUAGCCUGAGACUAGCUCACGCCAAUUUUCCAGAAAUGAAUCAGAGCCAUGUCGUUUCUAGCCACAAAGUAGCUAACUCUGGCAAUAAUUUAACCCCUAAUUUGCUAAAUAUGUCCUUAUCUCAAAACGAAAGUGAUGUUAGUAUGCACGAUGUAG